AGCGUUGAAAUGUGAACACGCAGUACGUUUCCGAGCGCAGUGAUUGACAUUAUUCUUAUUCUGUUUAACUAUCGGAAGCACGCAAAAUGCGUCGGCCUUUAUUUGGCGUUGUGAUAUUUUCAGUCAUCGCUUGGAUCAACGAUGUCAACGCUGCAGCAACUAAGCAAUCGGAUGCGAGUAAAUUCAUUUCCGAUGCCAGUACUCGUUAUUAUAAGCUUUAUAAUAAGAUUGCAGAGGAAACAUAUUCAUCCACAGAUGACGAAGACUUUGAUACAAUAUUUUCGAAACUGACCACUGUCAAAAGAGUAGCUGCAGAACUGGUUACAAUUUCCGAAGAGGCUAGUGAUUAUGAUUUGGAGAAUAUCCAUGAUAUGCAAGUGAAAACGGCCUUGCGGAAUCUUCGAAGAGUUGGCGAGCUAUUUGUCUUGGGAGAAGAUUACUUUUCAUCGGUGCUGAUAAACUUCGCUGCUCUUAAAGAACUUUCAACAGAUAAAGACAUCGAACCUUAUUUGGGUGGCGCGUAUAUGCCAGAUCAAGACGAUAGCUCGCUAGCGUACUAUCCGGAUAUACAGAAAAUAUUUCAGCGCAGCAAUGAUUCUGAUGAACUGAAAUACUAUUGGGAGACUUGGCGCGAGAAAAAUUUGGUUUGGUCUUCAGUUAAUUUCUACACCAUUAUUGAAGCCUUUCAAAAGGCUGCUAAGAUUCUAGACAUACCGGUACUUGAAUUUUGGUUUCGCUGCUACAAUAAUAAAGAUUUUUUGCGGGAAAUGGAACGAGUGAUGGAAGACAUUAAGCCCGCUUAUAAAGAACUUCACGCAUUCAUUAGAAAGGAACUCCAUGAGAAGUAUGGUGGAAGUGUUGUUAACCCUAGAGGUCCUAUUCCAGAUCAUUUGUUCCAACAAGUUCGAGAACAGGCUUGGCAGGCCAAUAGCGUUAUCGAACCAUAUUUUCCCAAGGCAAACCUGCCGCCAUAUGACAGUUUUGUGGCGCAUUAUGAUGCAAAGGACAUGAUAGAUGCAGCAGAAAAUUUCUAUCAAUCUCUCGGGCUCGAUGGAUUAGACAAGGAAUUCUAUGAGAAGCAGUUGAAGGAGCAAGACGAGAGUGCUGAAAAUGGAGAUUGUAGAGCCGAUAUUUUCGAUCUCACACCGCAUGUAUACAUGAAAUAUUGUAAGAAGGUGGAGUUUAGAAAGUUUUUGCAAGCUCAUGGCUAUCUCGGACGGUUGCAUUACGCCAAAGAAAAGCAAAAUCUUCCAUCGUACUUCUUCAAUUCUUAUGAUUUAGAAUAUCCAGUAGGGGAAGCCGUAAUUUUGUCAGCAUCUACACCAAAACAUUUACAAGCCAUUGGACUUUCUAAGAAUUUCGAAUUUUCGGAUCAAAUUUUAAUGAAUCGAUUGUUUAGAAUGGGUAUUCAUACAAUGCUCAACAUACCACUGUACUUCGUCCACACCAAGGUAAUGACUGAUCUGUUGAAUGGUACAGUGGAAAUCGAGAGAAUUAACAAACAUUACUGGGAACUUAUGGUAAAAUACGCUGGGGUGGAACCCCCCUCAGAUCGUCCGGAAAGUGCUAUUGAUUUCCCCUAUAAUUUUUAUUUGGAUAUGGAGGAAAACCAUCAGACCAAAAAGUUCGUAUCUGAAGUUCUUGGCUACCAUUUUUACCGCUCGUUUUGUGAAGCGACUCAUCAUAAGGGAUACCUACAUAACUGCGACUUUUACGGUAAUAUGGAAAUCGGCAAUUCUCUAAAAUCAAUGAUGUCUUUGGGUUCUUCAAAGCCUUGGCAUGACACUCUGGUGAGAGUUUUAGGCACCAAUUCAAGUCUAAGUGGGGACGCUUUGCUUGCUUAUUAUACGCCUAUGUUGGAUUGGUUAAAGGCGAAAAACCGUGAAUCAAAAGUCAAAAUAGGCUGGAAUUCCAGUCAAAAAAAAAUCCUUUAAGUUUGAGGAAGAAAUGGCACUUCUGGUUUACAUAAUGUGCGAACCUUAUUAUAUACAAAUAUAUACUUAUAUUAAUAAAUAUACACACGUACAUAUGUAUGUGCGAUUAUUUUUAAA